GCAGCGCUCUAAUGGACGCCGUAGAUCGGAAGGAAUGGGGACUCGCACCCGAGGGCAAACGGUGUUUAAUUUGCGUCACAUAUGACCGUUAAAUAAACCGUCCUCUCGACAAGUUUACCCCAUUAUCACGUAUACCGUGUAAUAUUGUUGCUUGCUUGCGUUUCCCAUCAUAUUUAAGGCGGAAUCGUCGAAAUAACCGUCCGUUAGCGGGGAGGCUAAAGCGCUGGGCCUCUCUCGCUCUCUUUCUCAGGUUUGUGUUACUGUCAGUUUCACACAAGCCUUCGCUGACGUUCACUCGCUUCCCCAACACUUUUCUACUUCUGUCGACGGAAAUCGUGCCCGUAUGGUUUGGAAAGGCAGAUAAGUCCAGGAAUGAUAGUUCUCUGAAGUGUAUAGAGUUGUAGGAUCAUUGUGUCUCCAAUGGAACCAUAGAAUUCAGCAUUGUGAGCCUUGGUGGCGCUUGCAAGUGUGCUAGUCACAAUGAAGAGUGAGAUUCCGUCUGAGGCACGACAUAAGCAGGAGGCCCUGAAGGGGCCUCUGGCUAACCCUGAACCCAUGGAGACGGCUAAGAGCUUUCCCGCCGAGAUGGAGGUGAUAGGCAAGGAUGGAAGUGAAUUCCCAUCACCACUGUGUGCAGAGACCAGGCACCGACCUUCACGAGAUGCCGGAGCUCGCAGAGAUUGUGACGGAGGCUUGUCAGUGCGCAAGAAGCGCAAGAGCCAGCAGCCUGGGCCAUCGUAUUGUUCACUGAAGGAAGGGCAAUUAAGUGAGGAAGCCCUUACUCCUUCACGCCAUAGGCCAUUGCUGAUAGAGACUCAUAGUGAGGUUGAGAGAAACCCGGAAUCCUCGUUGAGUGACUGUGCCUCCUCACCCUCCUCCAGCCUUCAGUUUGGUGAUUCGGACACUCUUAGCUCAGAGGAGGACAGCGUGCCCACGAGUGGCCUGACAUCAUUAAGACAGCAGCAACAGCUCAAGGCACCCGGUUCAGCCUCUACUGGCAGUACAGGUGGUGGGAUGGGCACGGCAGUAGGCAUGCGGCCCCUACUGGCACGGACUCGCACCAGCAGGUCACAUAAAUGGGCGCGGAUUGAUCCAGAGACAAAUCACAUGAAAAGGCCAUGUCUCAGCUCACGCAGGGCAUCACACAGGAAGCAUUUUGUAAAGGGUGUGGCAGGGGGGGGGGCCCAGCGGACUCCACAGCAGAAGGAGCGAUUACUGCUGCAGAGGAAAAAGCGAGAAGUGAUCGCACGGAAGAAGUACGCCCUCCUGCACAGUACCAGCAGCUCCAGUGAGGAGCUGACCUCUGACUCUUCCUCCCCUUCCUCCACUGAGGCAGAGGAUGAGCUGUACGUGGACGUAAGCAGCAGUAGCAGCCAAGCCAGCACUGCAGCUGUGGCCUCAGGUGUGCUGGAUGAGGACGUGGUUGUGAUUGAAGCAACUCCUGCACCUGCAGUGCCUGUCAGCGAGGAGAUCAACGUCACCUCCACAGACAGUGAAGUGGAGAUCGUAACCGUUGGAGAUGCCUUCAGGCCACGUUCAGUGGGGAGCCAUGGCAGGAUGCACUGGGGCCCCAGCUGUUCCCAGAGUCGGGCUCAGGAGGGGCGUGGCCGUCAUCGCCUGUCCACUGUCAUCCAGCCACUAAGACAGAGUGCUGGAGAGGUGGUGGACCUCACCAUGGACGAGGAUGAUCUCUCAGUCGUGCCAACCACAUCCGACAGUACACACCCACAGCUGGUCAGUUCUUCCUCCUCUUUCUCCUCUUUCCAUAAUGCCUGUACCUCAGAAUCACCACAGGAGGGUCCUGGUCCUUCAAGAAGCUGCUCAGUGGCUGCGCCUGAUAGCACACUGGCUGCUCAGAGCCACAGUGGAGUCCCAGGACCCAGCCCCACCAACACCACUGCCACCGAAGAUGACAGCAGAAGGGAUUUGUCUGGUGAUAAUGGAGGUGUGGCGAUGCCCAGGUUACCCUCUUGUUGCCCCCAGCACUCCCCUUGCAGUGGGACCUCUUCAGGGCACCGCUCCCUCGGGCACACCCACUCAGGGUGCCUACAGGGUGGAACGACGCAGCAGUCCGGUCCCCCGCAGUCCGGUUCCCAUGGUCACUCGCACCACUUCCACCACCACCACCACCACACCAACCCGGUCCCCUCUUCUCUGGCUUUCCCAGAGUCUAGCUGCCCUCUGGAGAGGCCCGCCGCCAUGCCUGCACCCUGUGGAGGGGUCAGCAGCAACCAGUACCACGACCAGCAGACUCUACCGGUGGAUCUCAGUAGCAGUGCAGUGCGUAGCAGUGGAUCCAGUAGCACAGGAUUCCACAGCACAUCUGCCUUUGACCCCUGCUGUCCGGGCUCUGCCUCCCGGCCUCCUGUUUGCAUUUCCCAGUCUGCACCUGGACCCAGCCAGCAGACUGUGGCAGACUCAUUCAGUUCUGCCAUAGUGGCCCAACCUCAGCUCCAACCUGCUCAGCUCUCCUCCUGCAGGCACUACAUCCAUCCCCCCUACGGCCCCCUGCAAGGCCCCCUGCACCACCAGUCCUCCUCCUCCUGCCCACACUCACAUGGCAAUGCUCCUCCUCAACAGCCUCCUCCACAGGGUGACUAUGUCAUCCCACACCCUGUCCUACCCUUCCACACCCCACUGCCUUCUCAUGUCCCGGGUCACUCCGUGCCACCUGCUCCUCCACCCUCCCUACCUGCCCACCAUGCCCCUCUGCCUCAGCAUCUUCCCCCUGAGCACCAGGCGCUGCAGCACCACCUGCCCGUUCUGGGCCCUAACCCUGUUCAGCGGCUCCACCAGCACGAUAUACUGCAGAGGAUGGAGGUUCAGAGACGCAGAAUGAUGCAGCACCCAACGCGAGCACACGAGAGGCCCCCACCACAUCCCCAUAGAAUGCACCCUAACUAUGGUCACGGACAUCACAUCCACGUCCCGCAAACUAUGUCUUCACACCCUCGACAGGCUGACCAGAGGUCAACAUGGGAGCUGGGCAUCGAGGCUGGUGUUACUGUAGCUCCCUACCCUUCAGGGCACCUGCACCCCCAUCUGUCUCACUAUCACCCUCCACCCAGACUGCACCAUUUCCCCAUCCAACUGAUGCACACUGGCAUGUCUGAGGUGACAUAUCCACACAUUCGCUACAUCUCCUCCAGAAUGACCUUUGGACGCACCUAUGAGGAUCUGCUGCAUUUAGAAGAGCGACUGGGAACUGUGAAUCGAGGGGCCUCUCAGGGAACCAUAGAGAGGUGCACCUACCCACACAAGUACAAAAAGAAGGUGGUGGAGAGAGACACUGAGGAACAGUUAGCACCUGAAGCAUGGGCAUCUGUUGGAAAAAAUAUGCACUCAACCUCAAACUCGAGGAAGCUGCAUGGUAAGCAAGAGGAAGAUGAGGGCGCAGAGGAAGACACAGAGGAGAAAUGCACCAUUUGUCUGUCUAUACUGGAUGAAGGGGAAGAUGUCAGGCGUCUUCCAUGUAUGCACCUUUUUCAUCAACUAUGUGUAGACCAGUGGCUCCUCACAAACAAGAAAUGCCCCAUCUGCAGAGUGGACAUCGAGGCUCAGUUAUCUCCAGAGAGUUGAUGCUAUUUUUAUUGCAACCCUUUUGUUGGACGUGUAUCUGUUGUUUUCCUUUUACUCUGUCAGUAAUGCAUUCAACCAAAGAUGGCAUGAAAUACCUGCACAACUAUGGGAAAUAAAAGAAAAACAACAAUCCAUACAAAAAAGCAUUGAGUCUAGCGUGCCAGCUAUCAUGUAGUACCAAUACAGCUAGAAAUAACAUCAUCUUCAUUAAGGGUUUUGAAUUGUAUUGUAUUUAUAAAGGGUUUAUGUAGCUUUUGUUUUCAUAAGUGUCAUUGUAUUUUAUUUUUUGCAUGGUUCCUUGCAAUGCAUUUCUUUGCACAUAUAAUGAAAUAGGCCUCUUAAGGCCUGAGAACUUGCAGGUGAGAAUUGCUGCUCUAGUAAAGAAGCAUUUUUACAUACCUGAUGCCUUGCUUUACUGGAAUAGAAUGUCAACCUCCAUUUUAAAACGUUGCAGGACUCAAUUUAUUGAUCAGUAUGUUGAUUACUUUUAUGUUUUAGACAAUGUGAUCUGAAAUAGAGUUUUUUUUUUUUAGUGAAUCAAGACAUUCCUUAAAUAGGAAACAAGAUCAUUGUUAAGAGAUCAGCUGCUGUAACAGUGUUCACCCUCACACAAAUUCACUCUCGGCAUGGGAACCUGGGCUGGAGUCGGUUCUUUUUCACUUCAGCUCGUUAUCUGUACUAACUGAAUUCAGGAAGUUUGAAUAAUAAAAAAUACAUGUUUCUGUAGAGUUUUAAUUUAUAUUUUUUAUAUUCUGAACUGCUAGAAUUAAAAUUAGUUCAACUCCAGCCCUGAUGAGAACCAACUGCACACUUCCUUGAACGUUCACAUGGUUGUGUUCCAUCUGUCCCCUCUCAGCACCUCAAUCUGAUGUCACAUGUUUAAAACACACUUUACCUAAUGUAUUUUCAAAGAGAAUGAAAAAUGAAUGUCACCUCUCUGUAUUCUGAUUGUUGUUUUUAUUAGUUUAUUGACGUUUGAUUAGGUAAUGGAGGAAGUGUAAUUCUUCAGACAAGCUCAAUAUCUGGACUUCUUUUUGGAAGAAACACAGACAUUGCAGAUGUGGAGAACUGGGCAACAAAUAAUUUAUUUCAUCAGGGUCUCCUAGCAGUGUUCAUUUAUCUCUCUCUCGCUCUCUCUCUCUCAACAACUUAGAAAGUGACUCAUGUUAGCUGAUUAUUCCUUCUCAGAUAUUGUCAUUUAACACAUUUGUUCUGCAACUGUGCAGCAAACUGCUUAUUUUGUUUUCUUUUUUUUAUGCUGCUGUGAAAACUAACACUAAUAUUAAUCUCAACUAGCUAACUUGCAUAUACUUGCACAUGAGAGACAAAAGACAGGAGUUCUGUGAGAAUGAGAGUGCGCGGAGGCUGUGUAUUUCCACUCUGAUUGCCGAAUUUUAAGAAAAACUGUAAUAAUUUUGAAUGGAGUGUUGGAAUGCAGUACUUAAUGGCAGGUGUCCAUGCAUUCAUAGACUUAAUGGCCCCAGGAUGAUAUUCCAUGGGAUUUAUUUUAGUUUUAAAUAAUGGAAUUAAUAAAAUUAG